CCGUUGACUGACAUAUAGUUUUUCAACACUUUCAUCAUUUUGAAAAGUCCACAGGCAAAUCGCUUGCCUUUGUUCAUUGGAGUGGAAAUAAUGACCUUUAUCAGUUUAUCUUAUUAUAUACCAAUUUUUCCAAGAAAAAGCAAGGAAGGAAGAAUAAUUUUUCUUUUAACUAGGCCUUUUCCAUGUCUUGCAUCCUGAAGAAUGAGCACAAGACUGAUCAAACGACAAUGGGGAUGCCUUCUUUCAAGGUCUCCAUGUUCCUACUAAUCCUUUCCUUACUCAGCUUCCUAAGCCUAAACAGUGAAGCAGCCCCAGAAUAUCGCUGGCAUUCCUGUUCAAACCAAACCACUUUCACCCGCAAUAGCACCUACCAGUCCAACCUCAACCGCCUCCUCUCUUCCCUUUCCUCAAAUUCCACGCGUGAAAGUGGUUUCUACAACACCACCGUUGGCCAAACCCCAGGGACAACAGUCUACGGCCUCUUCUUUUGCCGUGGAGACCUCACCCCUAUUGAUUGCCGAGAAUGUGUGUCAGCCGCAACCAAACUAAUUGUUCAGGAGCAGUACUGCCCCGUAGAAAAAGUGGCCGUGAUAUGGUACGGUGAAUGCGUGUUACGCUACUCAAACGAGUCAUUCUUCUCCACCAUGGGCGCAGAUCUGACCUUUUUAUUGAGUAACACUCAGAACAUAACAGAUCCAGGCCGGUUCACACAGCUACUUGGAACUUCAAUGAAUGAAAUAGAAACCAAAGCAUCAAAUGCUCCGUCCGGUGCAAUGAAAUUUGCAACAACAGAAGCCAAAUUUUCGGAUUUACAAACCUUAUACAGCCUUGUCCAAUGCGACCCUCUGCUAUCCGGCUCUGAUUGCAAUAGGUGUCUUCGGACUCUCAUAGGAUAUCUGCCAAGUUGUUGUGCAGGAAAGCAAGGGGGUAAUGUUUUGAAUCCUAGUUGUUUUAUUAGGUACGAAAUAUAUCCGUUUUACAAGCUACAAGCCGUACCGUCACCAUCACCAACCCCGGUGCUUCUUGCUCCUCCACCUCCUCCUCCACCUCCAAAAGGAAAAAGCAGAAACACAUUGUUGAUAAUUAUCGCUGUCGUUGCUCCAACUGUUUUCUCUAUAUUGCUACUCUGUAUUGGCUACUACUUUCUAAGUAGGAGAGCAAAAAAGAAGUACAAUGCUGUACCAUAUGAAAAUGAGCAUUUAAUUUGCCGGCAACCUUUAACCCAUUGUCGUGCUUAUAUAUCAAUAGCAUCCGGUGAAAUUACAACGGAUUCCUUGCAAUAUGAUUUGGCUACAAUUGAAGCCGCGACAAACAACUUCGCAGAUGAUAACAAGCUGGGUAGUGGUGGCUUUGGUGAGGUUUUCAAGGGUACACUUCCCAACAAACAAGAAAUAGCUGUAAAAAGACUCUCACAAAACUCUCGACAAGGUGCAGAUGAAUUUAAAAACGAGGUCUUGUUGGUAGCCAAACUUCAACACAGAAAUCUAGUUAGGCUUUUAGGAUACUGUUUGGAAGGAGUAGAAAAGUUACUUCUCUAUGAAUUUGUGCCCAACAAAAGCCUUGACUACUUUUUAUUUGACCCUGAGAAGCGAAGCUUAUUGGAUUGGUCAAGCCGUUACAAUAUUAUUGUUGGAGUUGCUCGAGGAAUCCUUUAUCUACACGAGGAUUCUAGGCUUAGAAUUAUACAUCGUGAUCUUAAGGCUAGUAAUAUAUUGCUAGAUGCAAAUUUGAAUCCAAAAAUUUCAGAUUUUGGCAUGGCAAAAAUUUUUGGAGUUGAUGAAACCCAAGGGAACACCAGUAAGAUUGUUGGAACAUUUGGUUACAUGUCUCCAGAAUAUGCAAUGCACGGACAGUUUUCUAUGAAAUCUGACGUAUAUAGUUUUGGUGUCCUUAUACUGGAAAUUUUAAGUGGCAAAAAAAUUAGUGCAUUCGGUCAAUCAGAUACAGCCGAGGACUUGUUGAGCUAUGCUUGGAAACACUGGAGCAAUGGAUCAUACUUGGACGUGCUGGAUUCGGAUAUGAGAGAUUCUUGCCCGAGAAAUGAAGUUAUCCAAUGCAUCCAUAUUGGCUUACUUUGUGUCCAGGAAAAUCCUGCUGAUAGACCCUCAAUAACAACAAUAAUUCUUAUGCUAAACAGUGACUCUGUUACUUUGCCAUCACCUCAAAAGCCACCUUUUUUCCUUCAUAGUAGAACAGAGCAGAACAUGCCAACAAUAGAGAUGAGGUCAGAUAAAUCUUCUAGCACGAACAUGCCAACAAUAGAGGUGAACUCAGAUAAAUCUUCAAGCACAUCAGUGCAAUGGUCUGUCAAUGAAGCAUCAAUUACUGAACUGUACCCUCGAUAGUGUUUGUAGGAAGGAAUUCUCCAAAGCUACUCUCUCUUUUCUAAGUCAUGGAACUUGAACACUAUAAUACACAUGACCGUUCUCUAAGAAAUUGAGCCUUCAUGUAUGAUAAUAAACGUUUGCUAUUAUUUGUAAAAUUAAGUAUUGAGAAAAGAAUACAAAAUAAUGCUACCCUAGUUGUACUCAAUUUAUAUUGCUACAAGACUACCACAAACAGAUUUGGGUUGUGGCUAUUUGUCA